AUGGCUGACUUCCGCUGGUUCGAUGUCCUUGUGAAGCGGCAGGACCUUUUGGAUCCAAACAAUGACCCCAAUGUCGGCUCUGCGCAGGGGAAUGCCUCGACCAAGACCUCAGAGACCAUGGAGAACUUCGGUGUCGAGGGGUCGACGUCACUUUCCGCGCUUAUCACAACUCUCCUCCCUGCGCUGGUGAUCGCGGUGUUUUGGUUUGGCCUGUUUUUGAUCUGCCGACGAACCCAGCAACGGUGGUACGCUCCUAGGACUCAUCUACCGUGCUGGCACGAACAUGAGCGGAGCCCUGAACUACCGUCAGGAUUCCUCAACUGGUUUGGGAGUUUUCUCAAGAUCUCGGAUGAUUACGUGCUUCACUCUUCGUCCAUGGAUGGAUAUCUAUUCCUUCGGUUUAUAAGAGUGCUCAGUUCCACUUGCUUCACCGGGUGUCUCAUAACAUGGCCGAUUCUGCUUCCUAUCCAUGCCACUGGCGGCGCAGGGAACACGCAGCUUGACAUGCUGAGCUUUAGCAACGUGAAAGAUCCCACGAGAUAUUAUGCACACGCUGUCGUGGCCAUUAUAUUUUUCACAUUCGUCUUUUAUGUGGUAACUCGGGAGAGCAUAUUCUACGCCAAUUUGCGACAGGCGUAUCUCAAUUCUCCCGCCUACAUUCAUCGCAUAUCAUCUCGAACGGUGCUAUUCAUGUCCGUCCCAGAAGAUUACAAGAACGAGAAAAAGUUACGCCAGGUAUUCGGCGAAUCGAUUCGACGGAUUUGGAUUACUUCCGACUGCAAGGAGCUACAGAAACAAGUCUCCAGGCAGGAAACUUUGGCAUACCGGUUGGAGAGCGCUGAGACCAAGCUGAUUCGAGCUGCGAACUCCGCACGUCGAAAGGUCUUGAAGAAAGGAAGCCUCACCAACGAGGCACGUCAUGACUGCGAGGCAGGCCGGGACUUUUCCGUGUAUCACCAUAUCAAACGACCGACGCACCGGCCUAAGAUGUUUGGGAAAAAAGUUGACACUAUCCGUUGGCUGCGAGAGCAACUCCGCGAGGUCACUGAAGAGGUGAACCACCUGCAGCAAAAGCAUAAAGAUGGCGAGGUGAAAUAUUUGUCGGCCGUGUUCAUUGAAUUUGAAACGCAAAACGAUGCCCAGGUCGCUUUGCAGACCCUAUCACACCACCAGCCUAUGCACAUGACUCCGCGAUACAUUGGCAUCUCCCCCCAGGAGGUGGUGUGGUCGGCGCUGAAUCUAAGCUGGUGGCAACGCGUCGUGCGCAAAUUCGCGGUCAAAGGCGGCAUCGCGGCCCUGAUAGUAUUCUGGUCCGUACCGGCGGCUGCGGUUGGCUUGAUAUCUAAUAUUACCUAUCUCACCAAAACCCUGCCUUUUCUCGGCUUUAUCGACAAGCUCCCCGAUGAAAUCAAGGGUGUGAUAUCAGGGCUGCUACCAUCAGGUGCUCUGGUUCUCCUGAUGUCUCUAGUCCCAAUUAUUUGCCGAUUCUGCGCCCGCUGUGCUGGCGUACCGUCCAAUUCUCACGUUGAGCUCUUCACGCAGAGCGCGCACUUUUGCUUCCAAGUGGUACAAGUGUUUUUAGUGACCACUUUAACGUCCGCGGCAUCGGCGGCCACUCAGCAGAUUAUCAAGGAUCCGCUAUCAGCAAAGGACCUCCUCGCAGAGAACCUGCCAAAGGCGACUAACUUUUACAUCGCAUACUUCCUCCUGCAGGGUCUGACCAUGAGUUCCAUGGCAGUUGUCCAGGUAGCAGGGGUGCUGGUGUUCAAGUUCAUGGCUACAUUCUUCGACCGGUCCCCUCGACAAUUGUACCAGCGGUGGUCGGCGCUCGGCGGCAUCAGCUGGGGAAAUAUCUUCCCUGUCUUUACCAACAUGGGAGUUAUCGCCCUAACAUACUCCUGCAUCGCACCUCUAAUCCUCGGCUUCGCCUUCAUCGGCCUCUACCUCGUAUACCAGGCCUACCGCUAUAACCUACUCUUCGUCUACGACCUCCGCAUCGACACCAAGGGCCUCGUCUACCCGCGCGCCCUCCAACACCUCCUAACAGGGAUCUACCUAGCCAACAUCUGCAUGAUCGGGCUCUUCGCCAUCAAAAGCGCCAUCGGCCCACUCAUAAUAAUGGUCCUCUUCACAAUCGUCACGACCCUAGCCCACAUGUCCCUCAACGACGCCCUCCAACCCCUCAACACGUUCCUCCCGCGCACGCUCGCCACCGAAGAAGCGACCCAAAAAACCAAACAAGACUCCUUCCGCACAGACACCGACGCCAGCACCAGUCCCACCUCCACCUCCACCACCCACCCCCACAUCAAACAAGUGCGCAGCCGCUGGGCCGCCGCCUGGAAGUGGUUCCACCCCAACCUGUACCGCGACUACGCGGCGCUGCGGCGGAAAGUGCGGCGCGAGCACGUCGAGAUUAAGUGCUCCGAGGAGGAGCGCUUCAACGCCUACUACGAGCCUUGCGUCAAGGCGCGUCUGCCGACGCUGUGGAUUCCGCGAGAUAAGUGGGGGUUUAGUGCGCAGGAGGUGAUGGAGACGCCGAGUGAGAUUGCUAUCACGGAUGAGAGGGCGCAUCUUGAUGAGCGGAAUAGGAUCGUUUGGGAUAAGUAUGAUCCGCAUUUGCCGUUGUGGGAGUUGAAGAUUUUAUAUUGA